AUGGAAGAAACGCAUAACAACCGGACUGCCUUGGCUAAAGGCGCCAAGGACAUCGCUAAAGAAGCCAAGAAGCACGCCGCCAAAAAUGUAAGCAAAGCCGUCGACCGCGCCUCGGACGAGUACUCGACCCACCGCAGCUACAACCGGUUCCAGGACGAGGACGAGGAAGAGAACGCCGGCAACGCGUACGGUCAGCAAGACGGUCACCGCGGCGGCAACGCGGCCGCCGACGUCGACGUCGACGACGACGACGGGGCCUCGAGCGACGCCACGGAGGGCCACGACGACGAAGACGAGAUCUACGAGGGGGAGUACCAAGGCGUGCCGGCACGCGGCGACGGGAAGCCGCGGGACGGCCAGGUGGCGCUGGGCCAGCCGGUGUCCGACAGCCUGAAGAGCCGCAAGGAGCUGGAGAACGAGAGGCAGUCGGACGAGGAGGAGCUCGCCCAGCAGUACGAGCUCAUCAUGCAGGAGUGCGGCCACGGGAGGUUCCAGUGGCAGCUGUUCUUCGUCCUGGGGCUGGCGCUCAUGUCGGACGGCGUGGAGGUGUUCGUGGUGGGCUUCGUCCUGCCCAGCGCCGAGACGGACAUGUGCGUCCCCAACUCGGGCGCCGGGUGGCUCGGUAGCAUCGUGUACCUGGGCAUGAUGUUUGGCGCCUUCUUUUGGGGCGGCCUGUCGGACCGGAUGGGCCGUAAACAGUGCCUGCUCAUAUCCAUGUCCGUCAACGGCUUCUUCGCCUUCCUGUCCUCCUUCGUCCAGGGCUACAGCAUGUUCCUCGUGUGCCGUAUGGUGUCCGGCUUCGGGAUCGGCGGAGCCGUGCCGAUCGUGUUCUCCUACUUCGCGGAGGUGUUGGCUCGGGAGAAGAGAGGCGAGCAUCUGAGCUGGCUCUGCAUGUUCUGGAUGAUCGGAGGGAUUUACGCCUCCGCCAUGGCCUGGGCCAUCAUCCCACACUACGGCUGGAGUUUCAGCAUGGGUUCGGCCUACCAGUUCCACAGCUGGAGGGUGUUUGUGGUGGUGUGUGCGCUGCCGUGUGUCUCUGCAGUGGUGGCUCUCACUUUUAUGCCCGAGAGCCCUCGCUUCUUCCUGGAGACGGGUAAACACGACGAGGCCUGGAUGGUGCUCAAACACAUCCACGACACCAACAUGCGAGCCCGCGGAGAGCCGGAGAGAGUCUUCACCGUGAACCGGAUCAAAGUCCCCAAGCAGCUGGACGAGCUGGUGGAGAUGCAGAACGAGUCGGCCAACCCGGUGCUCAAGGCCCUCCUCAAGAUCAAGACCGAGCUCAGAGGCAUCUGGUUGACUUUUAUGAGGUGCUUCAACUACCCGGUGAAAGACAACACCAUUAAGCUGGCUGUGGUCUGGUUCACUCUGUCCUUUGGGUACUACGGGCUCUCUGUGUGGUUCCCCGAUGUCAUCAAGCACCUCCAGGCCGACGACUACGCCUCCAGGGUGAAGAUCCACAACAGCGAACGCAUUGAAGACUUCACCUUCAACUUCACCCUGGAGAACCAGAUCCACAGAAACGGGGUCUUCCUGAAUGACAGGUUCAUCGGUAUGAAGAUCAAAUCCGUCACGUUCAUCGACUCCUCUUUCCUCAACUGCUUUUUCGAAGACGUCUCCUCCGUGGGAUCCUUCUUCAAAAACUGCACCUUCAUAGACUCCUUCUUCUACAACACGGAUAUCGACGACACCAAACUAACGAACUCCAGAGUGAUCAACAGCUCAUUCCACCACAACAAGACGGGCUGCCAGAUGACGUUCGACGACGACUACAGCGCCUACUGGGUCUACUUCGUCAACUUCCUGGGAACGCUGGCCGUGUUGCCCGGGAACAUCGUCUCGGCCCUCCUCAUGGACAAAAUAGGCCGCCUGAGCAUGUUAGGAGGGUCCAUGGUGCUGUCGGGCAUCAGCUGCUUCUUCCUUUGGUUCGGCACCAGCGAGUCCAUGAUGAUCUUCAUGCUGUGUCUCUACAACGGCCUCAGCAUCUCCGCCUGGAACUCCCUGGAUGUGGUCACCACGGAGCUGUACCCGACCGACAGGAGGGGCACAGGCUUUGGCUUCUGCAACGCCAUGUGCAAGCUGGCAGCGGUGCUGGGCAACCUGAUCUUUGGCUCGCUGGUCGGCAUCACCAAGGCCAUCCCCAUCCUGAUGGCGUCGUCUGUGUUGGUUGGCGGCGGGCUGGUGGGGCUCCGGCUGCCAGACACUCGCGCCAACGUCCUCAUGUAA